GUAGGCAGCGCUGUGCACCUCCAGUGCAGCCUGCAGCCAGCAGAUGUUUGGAGGAGAGGCUUUUGUUCAGCUACACAGAUGAACAACAGGAAGGAGGACAUGGAGAUCGCCUCUCACUACCGUCAGCUCCUCAGAGAGCUCAAUGAGCAGAGGCAGCACGGCAUCCUCUGUGAUGCCUGUGUCAUCGUGGACGGAAAGAUCUUCAAGGCCCAUAAGAAUGUCCUCCUGGGCUCCUCACGCUACUUCAAGACUCUUUACUGCCAGGUUAAAAAGGGGGCAGAGCCUCACCACCAGACUACUGUCACUCACCUAGACAUUGUCACAGCGACGGGCUUUAAAGCCAUUCUGGACUUCAUGUACUCAGCACACCUCGCCCUCACCAGUAAGAACGUGAUCGAGGUCAUGUCAGCCGCCAGCUACCUGCAGAUGACAGACAUUGUACAGGCCUGCCACAGCUUCAUCAAGGCGGCACUAGACAUUAGCAUCCGCUCUGAGAUGGCUGACGAACUGGCCGACUUUGAGAUGGGAGCUGUCGCUGCUGCUGGCAUAGGCGGAGGAGGUGGAGGAGGAGUGGGAAUAGCAGGACCAGGGGGUGUUGGAUAG